GGGUGGGGGGGGACGGAGAGAGAAAGAGAACAGGAGCUUGUGAAGAGAAAGAGGGAGGGAGCUUCAGGCAGCGAGGCUGGACUACCGCUCAAACACUGCAGUCUUUCUUUUGCUUCUCUGAGGAAACUGUCUUUCUCUUCUCCCUGCCUGUCUCUCCUUCUUGUUCCUUCUUCUCUCGCUGCUUGGCCAUGACCCUGGUGGACACCUUGAUCUCCUUGCCCACCUAGAGAAGAGGAGAGAAGCAUUGUAGCGGAGGAGGGAGAGGCGAGAAGAAGGGACACCGCACACUUUGCCUCACUGAUGAGAGUCUGGAAAUUAAUUAACCGCCGUCAGCACAGAGGGGGGAGCGCAGAGAGGGGCUCAGAGUGAGGUGCAGGGAGAGAAUAAGAGGGAGUUGAAGAGGCUGAAUUGCUAGAUGUGUGAAGAAUAGGCUGUGGAGAGAGGCAGAGCAACCCCCAGACACUUUUCAGAGACAAAUAGGAGUUAGGGCAGAGGCAAAAUAAGCAAGGAGGAAAUUGUGCAAGGCAGGAAUUCAACAGGGAUACUAAUUCAAGAAGCCAAAGAAUGGUCCGCUCACACGCGUUAUUCAUUCCUUCAUGCUUCUUUUCAAUCUUUCUCUCACAUUCAUAACACCAUCCUUCCCUCCCAUCUCCUUGUCUUGUUUAGAUCUUUCUUUCUCUUUUUUUUUUUUUUUGCAUGUGAGCAAAAGCACAUCAACAUCCACAACCACAACCACAUGCUGAACACUCGACACGACUUGAGUGUAGCAUUUAAUUCUCAGUGGAUGUGAGAGAAGUUGAUUAGCUGAAGCAGGGGGUGCUGUUACCUCCCGGCAGAGAGCACCUGCUCAGGAAUCUCUCAUGAGACCAGGUAGGACGUUUCUGGAUCAUUUUGUCAGCCCGAAAGCAGCUGGAGAGGUCGAGUUGAAGCCCUCCAGUCAUUUACCUGAUUGAACCGUUACGAGAUGAAACUGCAAACCAGCUUAUCUCUAAAGAGCAUGACACCUGUGUUUGAGGGAUUACGGAGAGGGAAACAGGGAUGUGCAGAUGUGUAUGUGCUUGUUGGGAUUAUGUCCUAAGUAUACAGAAUUACACAGGUGUUGCAGCAGGAUUAUACAAAGUCUCCUGCUGAAUAUAGUGGCACUAUAGGAUUAAAGGAGAGGAACUCAAGAGAAGUGAAUGGCAGCACAUUAUCUUUCACAGAUUAACUCAGAUCAAGUGUGAUCACACGUGGGGUAUAAUUAAAUCAGCAGUUCCAGAGUUUGAGAGGGGUCAUAAUUAUUUUAGAGCUAAACUGAGGAUAGGUAGAAACAUUACCAAAAUUGUCUCUCAGCCCUUGUUGGAAUAACUUCAGUCCCUCAUUGUGGACUUUGAUCAGACCUGAAGUACUCAGAGUGACUAUUAAAGACUCUUAAAGCUCAUUCAGCUUCCAUAAUGAGACGCUCGAGCACAGAUGAGACUCCGUACCGGCGUAGUCCAUCUUUGGACAGUAAACCUGACACGCCACCGUUCACUUCUGGGUUUCACCGCUUCAGUGGAGAGUUUGAGUACAAGCGGCCGCCGUUCGCAUUUGGCUUCCACACAACUAAGGGGCCGCAAACGUCCAAGGGACGCUACGCACAGGGGAAGAAGUAUGUGGUGUUUUACCUGGACCUCUCCUUCAUAUUCCUCCUAGAACUGCGGCGCUGCAGGAUGGCCGAGGGUUGCAUGAUGGCCCUGCGCUAUGGAAUGGUCUUCUUCAAUCUUCUCUUCUGGUUGGGAGGAUGUGGCAUACUGGGGGUGGGAGUCUGGCUCUCAGUGACCCAGGGAAACUUUGCCACCCUAUCAUCAUCCCUUCCCUCCCUGUCAGCGGCCAACCUGCUCAUUGCAGUGGGGACCAUCAUCAUGGUGAUCGGCUGUCUAGGCUGUGUGGGAGCAGUCAAAGAGAGCCGUCCGCUCCUGUUGACGUUCUUCAUCCUCCUCCUGCUCAUCUUCUUCCUGGAGAUUCUGUCCAUCAUGCUUUUCUUCAUCUACCAAGACGAGAUUGAUCACUACGCCCAGAGAGAUCUGAAGAAGGGCCUUCAGCUCUUCGGCACAGAGGGCAACGUGGGUUUGACCAACGCCUGGAUGAUAGUACAAACUGAUUUUCGCUGCUGCGGAGUAACCAACCACACAGACUGGUUUGAAGUUUACAAUGCCAGUCGUGUACCAGACUCCUGCUGCUUGGAGUACAGUGACAACUGUGGCUUGGACAACCCAGGAACAUGGUGGACAGCGCCGUGCUACGAGCGGGUAAAGGACUGGCUUAAUGAGAACCUGGCAGCACUUUGGAUCUUCGCUCUAUGCACAGCACUUACUCAGAUCCUGGGCCUGGUCUUCUCUAUGACUAUGUUCUGUCAGGCGGUGAAAGUAGAAACCUUCUACGCCUAGCAAUUGAUCUUUCUGCCCUUCAGCACAUUUGGAUUGUUUCUCACCAGAGAGGGACAGAUAUAGACCCACCCUAAUCCUCCUUCUCCUCCUCCUCCUCCGCCUCCUCUUCCUCCUCCUCCCCCCAAGCAGACUCUUCUUUCCCAUGCUUGCCCUCUCUGUGACAUUCGCUCUCGGAUGUCACCAGUUCACAGUUUUUUCCGCUAACUAUCAACAAGCACAGUGUCAGUGUAAUACCUGAGUUGGUUCAUAUGGUUUGCUCUGUGUCAAAAGCUAAUUUCUGUGAUAUACAUUUGAUGAAGCAGUAUUAUGAACAUGUAUAAAAAAGAAAAAGUGUAACCCCUUUUUUAAUAUGUGCUUUCUUUUUAAAUUAUUUUAUGUUUUGUAUGUGUUUUCAAAAUGAGAGCUAACGUUGGGAAAGUGCACCGUGUGAAGUACUGCAAGUGCAUGUUCUCCUGCGAUGGUGUGUAAUAAAUGUUUUUGGCUCGACUAAA